GAAUUAUGCCAAAUCUGAAGAAAAAAUGGAAAUCCAAAAGUGUGUCCUUCAAAAUGGCAUUCGAACCCUGGUCUUGGCUAUUCCACACGAAAAUCAUUUUAAGUGGAGAUGGGGCAAAAUCAAGAGUAUUCUGACUUUGGAUCUGGCAGCUCUUUGCAAUACUGGCUUGUUGCCUCAAAACUUUUAUAUGAGCUGGCAUCCAUACAAUGAAAGGGAUUAAACAGGAGUAAGAAAAUCACCAGGACAGAAGUAGGAUGUAUUUGAUUACGUACCAGAAAUUGCCCCCACUGAUGACAUCAUUACCAUUCCACAGGCUCAUUCAUGGAGCUGGUCUGAUUAAUUAGCGCAUGUCACCAUCUGGUACUUACCGAUGGAAAUGGUUUGAAUAUGCCUGCAAGAUAAAGGAGAAGAUUGAUAACAAAUGUAUAAUCUUAGAAUGUACUGAACAACACAUCUAAGCAUCACGUGGUUAGCCCUGGGAAAAUGUCUGCUUGUAAUGCCUUCACUGAACAUGUCUGGAAACCUGGUGAAUGUAAAAAUUGCUUCAAAUCAAAAAACCUGCACCAUCUGCCUCCAGCCUCUGAUAAAACUCCAGUUUCAAAUGCAAAUCUAAAAACCAAUGCAACCCACAGCAACAGCCAACGUAUUAGAAACACAGGAAAUUUUCGACCUCCUGUGGCAAAGAAACCCACAAUAGCUGUGAAGCCCACCAUGAUGACAGUAGAUGGACAAGGUGUAUGUGGUGAGGUCAGCUCACAAGAUCUUUGUGAGAACAGGCCAGUUUUUGUAGGCUGGAACCAAAGCAGAACUGUCUCAAACAAAAAGCCACUGAAUAAUAACAAUAAUAGUGAAGAAGAAAUUGAAGGUUAUAGCCAUGCUCGUAGGCCUUUUGGGAAUAACGAUGAUGUAAGUAAAGCUCCAAACAACAAUAAUGGACUGACAGAAGUAUUAAAGGAAAUUGCAGGAUUAGAUACUCCCUCACCUCUAAUAGGAGAUGAAAUAAAUUCAAGGGAAGCAUUCUUGGGAAGAAUAAGCAAUUGUUAUAAAAAAUCAUUAGAAAGAAAAGUUCCUCCAAGUUGUAUGACAGGCGGAAUGAAAGACUGUCAAAAUAAGCAUGUUGUUCUGAGUGGAAGCACUGAUGUCAUAAGUAACGAAGGUGGACGUUUCUGUUAUCCAGAAUUCUCCAGUGGAGAUGAGAGUGAGGAUGAUACUUUCUUUAGCAGUGUCCAUGAAGACCAUGAGAGCUGGGAUGAAAGUGAUGAAGAACUGUUAGCAAUGGAAAUUCGUAUGAGGGGACAACCACGCUUUGCUAAUUUCAGGGCUAAUACACUAUCACCUGUCCGAUUUUGUGUUGACAAAAAAUGGAAUACUGUUCCUAUAAGGAACAAGUCUCUUCAGAGGUUUUGUGCAGUCGACUACGAUGAUAGCUAUGAUGAAAUUUUGAAUGGGUAUGGAGAUGAUCCUGUGGUCCUUUAUGGGCAAGAAAGCAUGCAAAGCAUGGCCUCAUCUGAUUCCAUGUCUCCUGACUCUUCUCUAACUGAAGAGUCUCGCUCUGGGACAGCCAGCAGUUCUUCUCAAAGGUUCUGCAAUGGUGGAUUAUCUCCUAGCACUCCUAAAGAUACCAAGGUAUUUGAAGAAGAAAAUAAAUUUUUUUGUGAUGAUCAGCAACUAGUCGUGGCGAGUAAAAGCCCUCAAAAUGCUAACAAAACCUUGGAGACGCACAAGGCUGUGCUUGCCCUUAGACUAGAAGAGAAAGAUGUCAAGAUUGCUGUUCAGAGUGAUAAGCAAGAAUGCCACAGCCCUUCAGGUCUGUCAGCUCCAGCAGCAGCAGCAGCAGCAGCAGCUACAAAUUUGGUCCAAAUGGAAGAACAAGCGAAACCUUACAGAGUAGUAAAUAUGGAACAGCCCAUCUGCAAGCCAUACACCAUAGUAGAUGUAUCAGCAGUCAUGACCCAUGAAUGUGUAGGGAAUCAAGGAAGAAGUUUAGACACAGAAAAUGGGCUGUCCAAUCCAAAUUCACCUGACAACCUAAAUACAAAUGCUACUUCUAAUUCUGUAUCAUCUGGGCAAAUAAAUAGCCAUCUUAAAAAAUCUAGUGCAGCCAGGUACCAGGAGGUUUGGACUUCCAGCACAAGCCCCCGGCAGAAGAUUCCUAAAGUGGAACUCGUCACCAACGUGCCAGGACCCUCCAUACCUCUACGGAAAAACAUCCAUAAAUCUGCCCCUACUUCACCUACAUCAACAAAUAUUUCUGCAAAAACCAUCCCUGUUAAGUCUCCUAACUUGUCUGAAAUAAAAUUCAAUAGUUACAAUAAUGCUGGCAUGCCACCCUUCCCAAUUAUUAUUCAUGAUGAACCAACUUAUGCUAGGAGUUCCAAGAAUGCAAUUAAAGUUCCUAUUGUAAUAAAUCCAAAUGCUUAUGACAAUUUAGCUAUUUAUAAAAGUUUUCUAGGAACUAGUGGAGAACUGUCUGUUAAUAAUAAAACUGCAAGUGUUAUCAGCCACACAUAUGAAGAAAUAGAAACAGAAAGUGCGGUAUCAGAAAAUACAGCUAGCAAAUCUGCUGAACAAGCUAAAGGGUUGGCGAAUAGCACUGAGAGGAGAUUGGGUUCUGUAGCUCAAAAGGUUCAGGAAUUCAACAGCUGUCUUGGUAAAGGUCAGACUUCACCUAAAAACUCUGGCCACAUCUCCCCAACAAAAAUACAAAGAGUCUUUCAAGCUCCAGUAGCCAAAAUAGAAGACACACAAAUGACAUCUAGUGGCAGUCGAGAAAAUGCCUGUACAGUGCUAUCUCAGAUUGUAGCUUCUAUCCAGCCUCCACGGUCUCCCCCAGAAGUAUCACAGAGUGGGCCCAAGUCCUGCAGUGUUGAAGAACUAUAUUCUCUGCCCCCUGAUGCAGACCAAGAUAAAAGCACCCCAGUGCGACCCAAAUCUCUCUUUACAACACAGUCCAGCUCUGAUGCUGAGGCAGUCCCAGAAACUGGGCCAAAGGACAUCACACCAAAAUCACCGGCCACCUCAUCAUCAAAGUCAGUGGCACUUUCCCAGAACGCCACAAGUCCCCAAACUGAGCAAGCUCCCCCAUUUCCUCCACCUCGUUCUACGUCUUCCCCUUAUCAUGCCAGCAAAGUGUUGCAAAGACAUUUCAGCAACUGGACCAAGCCAGUGAGCCCUGUCAGAUCAACAGAUGCUGAAUCCGUUUUGCAUUCAGAAGGUAGACGAGCUGUUGAUGCAAAGCCCAAACGCUGGAUAUCAUUUAAGAGCUUCUUUCGUCGCAGGAAGACUGAAGAGGAGGAGGACCGAGAAAAAGAAAAGGGGAAAUUGGUGGGUCUUGAUGGGACUGUGAUUCAUAUGCUUCCACCUCCUCCUAUUCAACGUCAUAAUUGGUUCAGUGAGUCCAAAACUGAUUCCAGUGAGAAACCCUCUAUUGUUUUUAUGUUUAAAUGUGAACAAGCAAAGAUGGAGGCAAAGUCUAAUAAAAACAAGACCGAGGAAGAGUCAAUAGUUGAAGUUUUGCCGAGAGAGAGAGAAGAGAGAGAGAGGUUUCCAGAGAUGUCAGAAGAAAACCUGAAGAGUCAUUCAUCACCAUCUGAAGUUCUUGGAGAAAUGCUCAGCUCACCAGGCCCCAGUGGAAUAAAUGCUUCACCAGAGUUUCGAGACAUGAUUAAAAGGUUCAAGAAGGCUCUGAGAGAAUUGUCUUUAAUGGGGAACUGUGUGAGUGAGUAUAGUGGUCAGGUGCCUGAUGAGCAAACUGUGGAAAAUCUGUCCCCUCGGAUUCCAAGAUCUACAUUGGAGAAGCAGGACAGUGGCAGUAAUGCAUCCCUCAGUCCACUGACCCCUCCAGAAAUACCACAUGGGGAAGAGGAAAGGGAGGAAGCGUCUGAUUCUUCUGAUGUGAGCGCCUGCAGUGCUACAUACAGUAACUUGGGGCAAUCCAGGGCAGCUAUGAUACCUCCAAAGCAACCACGGCAGCCCAAGGGGGCUUUGGAUGAUGCCAUUGCUUUUGGAGGGAUGUCUGAUUCAGAAAUAGCUACAACUUUACAUCGAACACCACCGCCACUGCCAAAGAAGACUAUUUUAAGAGCUCACACAGAACCAGUUCCAAAAGAACACCAGAAACAGGCCCUUGAAAACAGCGUGCGUCUGAUGGCCAACCCUACCUAUGACAUCGACACCAACUGGGAAGCGAGCAGCGCAUGCUCUUCGGUCAGCUCAGAAUUCAAGGCCGUGGACAAUGAGUCUGGAGAUUCCCUGGAUCGGCCCCCAGAAAAAGGACGGUCGCUCUCCUCCACGGCCAAUAGUUUUUCCAGCCUUACUGCUAUCAGUAUUAAAAACAGAGGUUCUAAUAGCACAGAGUCUCUGACAGGCAGGCCUGUCGUCUACAGCAAGGUGGGCAAGGCUGUCCAGAAGCCACAACGACAUGCACUUUAUAGAGGAAUUGAAAACAGAGGAGAGGUGGUAAGCAAAAUCAGAAGCCUUCACACUGAUUCUCUGAAGAAGCUGGCUGUCAGGUGUGAAGACCUGUUCAUGGCUGGACAGAAAGAUCAGCUUCGUUUUGGGGUAGACAGCUGGUCAGGCUUCAGAUUAACCAGUGACAGGCCGUGCUGUGAAGCAGGCGAUACAGUCUACUACCCAGCUUCUUACGCAAAAGAUCCACUCAACAACUAUGCUAUCAAGAUUUGUAAGAGCAAAGCUAAAGAAUCCCAGCAGUAUUACCACAGUUUGGCUAUUCGUCAAAGCCUAGCUAUUCAUUUUAACAUCCAGCAGGACUGCGGCCAUUUCCUAGCUGACGUGCCUGUGCGCCUCCUUCCGUGGGAGGAUCCCAAUUCACCUGAAGAAGAAGAAGAGGAACAGGAAGAUGAUGAGCAGAAGAUCAAAGAGUGCCCCUCCCCUAUGGAGGCUUCUCAGAAAGAAGGUUCAAGUCUGCAGGGCACAAUCAGCAAGCAGCGCAGCAGGGUGGUGGUGAUCACCCGAGAGGUACCAUAUCUAACAGUGGCGGACUUUGUACGAGAGUCUUUGGAUCGCCAUGCCAGCAGCCCAGAUCUGUAUGAAAGACAAGUGUGCCUCCUACUCUUGCAGCUGUGUUCUGGUCUAGAGCACUUGAAACCCUAUCACAUCACACAUUGUGAUCUACGUAUGGAGAACCUCUUGCUGGUGGACUACAGGCCAGGGCGUAGCCUUUUGAGCUGUGAGUCUGUGGAGCCAAACCCCACCGCUGCGUGUCCUGCUCGGCUUAUAAUAAGCAAUUUCUCUCAAGCCAAACAGAAGAGCCACGUAGUGGACCCAGAAGUCCUAAGGGACCAGUCCCGCCUUGCCCCAGAGAUCAUCACAGCAACACAAUAUAAAAAAUGUGAUGAGUUCCAGACUGGCAUUCUCAUUUAUGAAAUGUUACACCUGGCCAACCCCUUUGAUGUAAAUCCAGAGCUGAAGGAGAAAGAGUACACUCGUGCUGAUUUGCCCCAAAUCCCCUGUCGUUCACUUUAUUCCCUUGGGCUUCAGCAGCUUGCUAACUGCUUGCUAAACCCUAACCCAUCAGAGAGAAUCCUUAUAUCUGAGGCCAAAGGAGUACUUCAGUGUUUGCUUUGGGGUCCCCGGGAGGACGUGUUUCAGACUCUCAAUACCUCUUCCAGACCAACACAAAGAGAGACUGUGCUUCAAAACUGGCUGGACAUCAAACGGACGCUGCUGAUGAUCAAGUUUGCUGAAAAGUCUUUGGACAAAGAAUGUAAAGUCAGCCUUGAAGACUGGCUUUGUUGUCAGUAUCUGGCUUUUGCCACUACAGACUCACUCAGUCACAUAGUGAAAAUCCUGCAGCAACACUAAUUCAUACGUGCUGUUGCCUUCACUUGGAUAUUUUCUUUGCUCCAUGCCUCUUACUGUAUGCAUGUGUUAUAAUUCUAGUCUAGGUCUCAGAGUUGCCAACACUGAGCAGACUGAUCUCUGUAGAUGCAAGGAAGAGGCCAAACACUUAUCAUCUAGUAAAGCUAGUUGUGUGAUUGGAUAGGGAAGUACAGGAACUUAAUAAGGAAACCACUAUUCUGAUAUUACGGUUCCUGUUUCACAGUAUGCCCAUCAAGUUCUGUGGGAAAUGUGUGUGCUGAGAUGGCAGCAUCCAGGAAUGAUUACAGAGAUGAGUAUGCAGCGCGUCAUGAAGGAGCCUCCAGAAUAUAAGCACUUUCACAGAGAUAGGCCCUCUGUCUCAUGAUCUGCCAGGCAUGCCCAUGUUGGGCAUGAGUCAACGUCAGCCAGUCAUACUUCCUUUUGAGGUAGUUUUGUUUGAUCUUUUCCAAAGGGUCAUAUGACUACAAAAGGGGGCAGGUGUCAUUUUUAGUCAGCUGCAUCCUGGACAAAUUGUUUUUUCUCUUUUCUUUCUUUUCUUGCUGAGGGGCAGAUGGUAUAUUAUAGGCAAAGCCUCAAUUUUUACAACUAAAAAACAACAUUGAAAAGCUAGAGUUCUGAGUAUAGUGCAAGCAAGAAACAAAUACUUAACCCUUUUCCCUCCUGGCAGUUUUCUUAUUCCCAUUCGCCACCACCCCUCCCUUCACAGAGUUCCUGAUGCAUGCUCAUUCUUCUAAUACAUCAUUUUCUCUUGCUUUGGCCUUCACUAAUCCUGAAUUAUGAUUUAUUAAUUCUGGCCAGAAAUCUGGCAAGGUUUGUGUGCUUCGCUUUUUGUUAGCACACAUAGAUUCAUAGAAUAAUGGUGUUGGAAGGGGCCUAUAAGGCCAUCUGGUCCAAACUCCUGCUCAAUGCAUGACACAAUAGUUCUGCAGAAGUUAUUGAUGGGCUAUUAAUUAUUACAGUAGAAAAACACAGGAGCAAUUAAAGAGAAUAUGUAUUAAGAGCAACUCUUAACAGGCAGGUUUGUCCUGAGCCAAGGCAAAAAAAAGACCAACAUUUUGUGCCUGCUUUGCAACCAUGUGUGGCAUUUUGCAAAGUGAAGUGAAGGCUAGACAUACUGGUGAAGCAGUAGUGUUUCUUAGAAUUCACCUAUGUAUAACAAGUAAAUUGUGUAGAGGAAGGCAGAUUUUCUGCAGCCACAACUCUCUUUGAGCAUAGAAAACAAGGGAGCAGAAUACGAUGUGCAGUUGCCACAAGAAUAGCUAUACUUGGCAGACACAUUUCAAUGGUAUUCUGUUCUGGUUCCCUCUGUGCAGAAUUUGGCUGCAGAGUUAGUAUCCAUAACUGGCGUCUGGAUACUUUAGGGAUUGCUGUCAGUAUUCAGAAUCUGCUAACAUUGUUCUGAAGGGGUAGCCGCAUACUUAAAAGAUGUUACAUAAACAGUACCUACUGCUUCAAGGCGUGUGUGGCCUCUGGACCCUGCCGCUGUCUUCCUUUCCUACACUUCCUUUUUGUGUGUGGUGGCAUUCCAGUCCUGCUGUAUCUGAUCUCUCUGCUCAGUAUUGGUUGUUUGGUUUGCCUAGUUCUGAAAUAAUGGAACUGCAGCCUGACAUGGAAUUUCCCCCAGCUAGGGGUGGUAGUUGGAACACAAGCAGCUCUUGUGUCAAGUCUGUGCUUCUUCUCUGGAUAUAUGUGCAAUUUUUGGAUGUAUUGUUUUUUUGAAAAAAACUCUUAGUGUUUACAUUGCAUAGCAGACUUAUCCAUAUGUUAGACCUGCCUCCUUUUCUUUUGUGGCACAUGGGUGCACAAAGUAACGUGUGCUCAUUCUCUAGAUUGGCGUUUCUUUAUUGUUUAACUGUGACUCGCCUGUUUACUUCACCUUUGAAGACAAAUAGCCACUUUGAACAACAUGUGCAUGUUUGGACCAGAAACUAAAAACAAUCCAUCAGGAAUUAGCUCAGCUUUUUCAGCUCCAUACUCUUGGAGUUUGGUGUGGAUUUCCCACUGAUCUCGGCCAGGUAGUUCAUGGAAACCUGAGCCCAACAGAGAACAUACAGCAGCUUCAUAAAAGGCUUUGAAUCUUCCUGCUUCCAUAUCCAUUGGUUAUUAACAAGGUUAAAGAUAAUGUCUGUGAAUGCCUCUUAUAUUGCUUUAAAGCAGGGGUGAGCAACCCAUGAUAAAUCAUGUGCCUGGAAGCCUCCUUGAACUAUCAUUCAUUUUCAGACUUUGUAGGAGGCAUUUGACAGCAGAAGUGGACUUUAGAUCAUUUUUUUUUUUGUUUUGGCUUGAAAAGAUUAUGUGGUCCACAGCAGACCUUGGGGUAGAGCUAGCCCUGGACCUGCCACAGAAGCUUUCCCCUGCUUUAAAACAAAAGUGUAAAUGGUCAUUUGUAUGAGGGCAUCUGUAGUGGCGUAUGAAGAGCCACAUGCACAGAUGCCCAAGAUGUGGGUUUUGUUGUGGGCCACGAAGGCCUUCAAAAGAGAGCCACUUGUUGCCAUUGCUUUACAGGUGUAUAACAGAAUCCUCUUGGUAGCCUUGCACAAACAUAUGCAUUACAGGGGGGGAGUGAUGCUUAGCAUUGAGUGCAUGUUGCUUAUAGCCAAUCACCUGACCUUCUCGUUGGCUCUGUAGAGGGCAGUGCUUCUUCCUCAGUUUAAGGUAUGCUUUUCAGUGAUACCUGUAUUGCACAUAAAUUUUCACUUAACCAGCAUGUUUAUACUAGCAACACAUGGACUACUGACCGCUGUGGUAGGCAUAUUAGUCCUUUAGGCCACUUGCUAUAUUUUUGUAUAUAAAGGUAUGUAUGUUUUGUUACAUUCAUAUUGACAUACACAUGCAAAAUAGACAUAUGAAUGUUUUUAUGACCAUGCAUAGUUUAUGCAGCAGAUCCCAAAAUGUUGUACGUUAGCCUGAUUUCAUUUUUCCUUUUGAUUGCAGUUUUAACCCAGUAUUAGCAUUGCUUAAACAUGAGAAUACACUCACUGCCAUCUCCUCGUGUGGUAUUGGGUGAACCUUGGUAAUGAAGGAUAGGAAUGUAAAUGUUUUGUAACAAUGAAUGUGUGUGUGUUUGUGUGUGUGUGUGUGUGUGUGUGAAAGAGAGAGAGAGAGAGGCAAUUGGUCCAGCAGACAUAAAUGCAGGCUAGCCAGAGUUUCUAUUUUUGGUGGAGCCUGGGGUUAUUUUGGCAAACAUUCUGUUGAAGCCUCCUUCAUUUGUCAGGUCUGUUAAAAAACAGGCCAAAUCAUAGAUACCAACAGAAAAAAGGGAGAACAAUAUAGUGUUACAGUAUAAUUUCUGAACAAAAUAAAAAACAUUGUUGCCCCAUAAUUGACUGCUGGAAGCAUCAAGGAUUGAAUCUUAGAUACAGAGAUACACAUUCACAGCAUCUGUGUUAAUUAAGCAUUUCUAAUUGAGCUCACUACAAAAGACUGAUUCCUAAACAGCUCUGUUAACCAUAGAUUUACAUACAUGCAUAUAUACAUUCAGACAUACAAAAUAUAUCUGUGUGCGUACGCACACAAAAUUAUGAAUAUACAGUAUAUGUCCAGAAAACUGCCUCUCAGCUUAUUUUAGCUCAGUAUCAGCAGGUUUCCUAAGGGCAGACAAAACAUCUCUGGUAUUUAAGUAUUUGAAUAUGUACUUCCUGGACAUACUUUCAGUGUUAUUAACUUUUGUGGGGGCAGCAGUCUGGGUCAGUGAUUAAUUGCACUAAGAACAGUGCCUUCUCACAGAUUAAAAGUUCGGAGGGGGGACAGUUCUGUAAUGGGAAUUGCCAUUGCUAGGUACAAAUUUAUUAACAAUAUCCCCAUACUUAAAAGAAAGAAAGAAAAUAAUACUUUUCACCAGAGGCAGAGUUAGGAAUUUAACCAAAAGAACUCUUCAGUCCAUGGGUUCUUUUGAUGUUACUGAAAUGCCAAAAUAAAAAAAAAUAGAGGGUAUUUUCCAAAUCUAUAUGCACCAAAAAGCAAUUGUGUUUAAGUUUUAAAAGAGAGAGCCAGUUUCCUCUGCUUCAGCAUAUAUUGAGAAGGGAAAAAAACCUGAGGCAGCUUUAUCAUUUAGUCCUGAAGGUGCCCCAAUAGUUUUUGUUUUGCAAUAUUCUAUUUCAUAUUCGUUAUACAAGAUGUGUUGCAUGAACUGGCUAGGCAACCCCAGAUUUAAAGAAUCUGUCAGACAAUUUUGUUCUGCUUUGAGCUUAUGGAGAUAACAUAAAAUCUCAUGCAGGUCUUCCUACAAAUACCAUUAAUAAAAGUAUCACUCACUCUUGUCUUCAUAUUGCAUA